CGAGGCCCCCGCCCACCACCGCGACAACGCCGCCCCGCUCCUGCCCCUCCCCAACCCCAACCCCAACCCCAACCCCGGCCCUGCCUCGGACGGCCGCGCGCCCCGCCGCCGCCAGCGCCGCCCGAAUCGCCACAACAACGGCCCCGCCCCGCCGCCGCAGGAGAGGGCACCCCCGUCCGGGCCAGCCAACUCCCCCGUGCCGCGGCGGCAGGAGAGGGCUCCCCCGUCCGGGCCCGCCAACGCCUCCGCGCCGCGGCGGCAGGAGAGGGCUCCCGCCCCCGCGGCGGCGGCGGCCGCGGCGGGGGGCGGGCCGGUGCCGCAGCUGGUGCAGGAGAUCCAGGACAAGCUGGCGCGGGGGGCGGUGGAGUGCAUGAUCUGCUACGACAUGGUGCGCCGCUCCGCCCCCGUCUGGUCCUGCGGCAGCUGCUUCUCCAUCUUCCACCUCCCCUGCAUCCGCAAGUGGGCGCGCUCGCCGGCCUCCGUCUCCGACGCCUCCGCCCCGGCCUCCGACGCCUGGCGCUGCCCCGGCUGCCAGUCCGUGCAGGACGUCCGCGCCCGCGACAUCGCCUACACCUGCUUCUGCCGCCGCCGGCGCGACCCGCCCAACGACCUCUUCCUCACCCCGCACUCCUGCGGCGAGCCCUGCUCCAAGCCCCUCGGCAAGGCGGAUCCUGCCGCCUCCACCAAGGGCGGCGACGACGACGACGUCGCCACCAGGUGCCCGCACGUCUGCGUCCUGCAGUGCCACCCUGGGCCGUGCCCGCCCUGCAAGGCGUUUGCUCCGGAGCGCCCCUGCCCUUGCGGCAAGCAGUCUAUCACCCGGCGCUGCGCGGACCGGAGCACGCCGGUCACGUGUGGGCAGCGGUGCGAGAAGCUGCUCCCCUGCCGGAGGCACCGCUGCGAGAAGGUCUGCCACACCGGCCCCUGCGGUGACUGCGAGGUUAACUUCCCCGCACAGUGCUUCUGCGGCAAGAAAACAGAGACAUUGCUCUGCGGCGAGAUGGUGCUGAAAGGGAAGCUGUCAGACAAGGAUGGGGUGUUCUCUUGCAGUGAGGUUUGCAGCCACAAUCUGGCAUGUGGCAAUCAUGCCUGCCAGGAUGUUUGCCACCCAGGGCCGUGCGGGGAGUGCGAGCUUCUGCCAGGGAAGGUCACCACAUGCCAUUGUGGCAAGACAAGGCUGCAGGAGAAGAGGGCUAGCUGCUUGGACCCAAUCCCCACCUGUGACAAGGUAUGUGACAAGAGAUUGCCGUGUGGAGUGCAUAGGUGCAAGGUCGCAUGCCACGAAGGAGAGUGUCCACCCUGCUUGGUGCGUGUCGAGCAGAGGUGCCGCUGUGGCUCAUCAGGCCAGAUGGUGGAGUGCUACAAGGUCUUGAAGGAAGAGUUCCGUUGCAACAAGCCUUGUGGCCGCAAGAAGAACUGCGGGAGGCACAGGUGCAGUGAGCUCUGUUGCCCUCUGUCAAAGCCAUUUGCUCAGCAUCAAGGUGACAGCAUGGAUCCCCAUUUCUGCCAGAUACCAUGUGGCAAGAAGCUCCGAUGUGGACAGCAUGGAUGCCAGCAUCUCUGCCACAGCGGUCAUUGCGACCCUUGCCGUGAGACCAUAUUCCACGAUCUCACUUGUGCCUGUGGCAGGACAUCUAUUCCGCCACCACAGCCUUGCGGCACACCAACUCCAUCAUGCCCACAUCAGUGCAUGGUCCCUCAGCCUUGCGGGCAUCCAGCUUCGCAUCAAUGCCAUUUCGGGGACUGCCCACCUUGCGUUGUGCCAGUCACAAGAGAAUGUGUUGGGGGGCAUGUGAUGUUGAGGAACAUCCCUUGUGGUUCAAAGGAUAUCAGAUGCAACCAGCCCUGUGGAAAGAACCGUCAAUGUGGACUGCAUGCUUGUGCCAGGACUUGCCAUCCUGCCCCAUGUGAUCCACCACCUGCAAAUGGAGAAGCUAGUUCAAGCUCUGGGGGCAAAGUUUCAUGUGGGCAGUUAUGUGGUGUCCCAAGGAGGGAAUGCAAGCACACUUGCAAUGCACCAUGCCACCCAUCGUCACCUUGCCCAGAUGUGAGAUGUGAACACCGUGUGACUAUUGCCUGUUCUUGUGGCCGUAUCACUACAGCUGUGCCCUGCAGUGCUGGUGGAGCCUACAAUGGUGAUAGUGCGUUCGAUAUCUCCGUCAUGCAGCAGCUGCCAAUGCCUCUUCAACCAGUGGAAUCAAAUGGCAAGAGGGUUCCUGUUGGGCAGAGGAAACUUUGUUGUGACGAGGAGUGUGCAAAAAUGGAGAGGAAAAGAGUCCUUGCUGAAGCUUUUGACAUUACCCCGCCCAAUCUGGAUGCACUGCAUUUUGGUGAGAACUCAAAUGCGUCGGAUUUGCUUUCUGAUCUUUUCCGGCGUGAGCCAAAGUGGGUGCUGGCCAUAGAGGAGAGGUGCAAGUUCCUUGUCCUUGGGAAGACAAAGGGGAAUUCUUCAAGCAACAUUAAGUUCCAUGUCUUCUGUCACAUGAUGAAGGACAAGAGGGAUGCUAUCAGGCUCAUUGCAGAUAGGUGGAAGCUUUCUGUCCAGGGAGUUGGUUGGGAACCCAAGCGUUUUAUUACCGUCCAUGUCACACCCAAGUCUAAGGUGCCUGCUCGUGUUCUGGGCUCUAAGCCUGGCGUCCCUGUCUCGGCGUCCCAUCCUUACUUUGAUCCUAUGGUGGACAUGGAUCCGAGGCUCGUCGUUGCAAUGCUGGACCUGCCAAGGGAUGCUGAUGUUAGCUCUCUAGUUUUAAGGUUUGGCGGGGAGUGUGAAUUGGUUUGGCUGAAUGACAAGAAUGCCGCUGCAGUCUUCAGCGAUCCAGCUAGAGCAGCGACAGCGCUGAGGCGGCUGGAUUAUGGGUCUGCUUACCAGGGUGCUGCAAUGUUUUGCCCAAGCAGCAUCACUCAGGCUUCUGUGUCAAGCAAUGUGUGGGUUGGAGCACAGAGAGAUGGAGGGUUGGCUGCAAAGAGCAGUGCCAAUCCAUGGAAGGCCUCUCAAUUUGAGCCCGACCCAUCUGGAGACUGGACAGUGCUCAGUCAUGCUUCAGGGUCAGUGUGGAAACGUGGUGAUACUCCUGCUCAGGUCAUGGGUUCUUCAAACCGCUGGAAUGCUCUGGAGUCUGAUGCUGCAACCAGCUCUGGGCCAACCGACAAACGUAAGCCUCCUCUUCGCACUGAAACAGGAUCCAGCAGUUCUGCUCCCCGCGUUGGUGCUGGAUCCAGCGCAGCACCAAGUGCUGGGCAAUCGGUGAGCAAGCUGCAACCUGAUGUCGAAGUUGAAGACUGGGAAGAAUCUUGUGAAUGAUGAGACUGAGGGGUUAAUGCAUGGCAGCCAAAAUUGCUCUUCGACACGAUUCUCACCCUUUAUUUUGCAUCGACAAGAUCAUCCUUCUCCCAUGCUGACCAACUCCAUGACCUGGUCUCAAGAUUUUGCUUGGUUAUUUCAACUGAUCAUCUGCGUGUUGUUUUGCCAGUGCAUAGUUGCUAUAUAUAUAGGGCGUUUGCGGCUCUUGGUUAAAUCUUGAAUUGUUUCUAUGCCAUUCAACUACUUAAGUUAAUGCACUCAACCUAUGCCAGUCAGUUACUCUAAACUAGUGAUUUUGUUAAGCCUACGGUUUCAGUUGCUAUUCCACUGUUUCAUUUUGAAGGCACACUGCAUGUUUUCAUUGGAAGUAGAAUGAGCAGCAAUGAAUGUUCUUCACCUUACAGCUCUUUAUGCUUAUAGCUCCCUUUAGAUGAACCAAAUGAGCUCUGUGAUAGCUCAUUAUCUUAAACUGAGAGUUAUCUUCUGUUUAUUCUUUUCUCUAACUACUGCAUCCUAUACAAUGAACAGAAGGUGCAUCUUGUGCCUCUUUGCAAAGUCAGUCAUAAGAGCUUCCUUGCAACUUGCAAGUUUUGCCAUGGUUGUUUUGAACAAAGUAACAGACGCAUUCUGCACUGUAUAAUUCAUAGGUGCCUAAUUGCACGGCAAUAUUGAAAAAAUUAUCUCUGAAGGGAAAUUACUAUCUUUCUGAUAAUGGGUUAGACACAAUCAUCUCUGCAGCUCCUUUGAGUUAGCUAAAUUUAAGUUAGCGCUCUCUUCUCAUUUCAACUGGACUCAACCGUAUGUCCUCGGCAUGAUGGAUGUCAAUUGUGAUAAUUUUUUAGUAACUUAAGAGGUAAUCUUGCUGAAGGUGAACAGACCGCCACCAAUUCAGAUCUUUUUAAGAGUAUGAAGAAAGAUAAACAAGCAACUGAUAACUCUGGAAGGCUAAAGAAGAAACAUUUCCCACUCUUUUAAAUGUAGGCCACUUGUGUUGAAAGAGCUUAGCUUCGGUGUAAGGAACUAGAGGAUGGCAGAAGGCUUGACAUUAUCAAAAUAGUUACUGUUUCGACUUGUAUGAACCCCAUGAUUUACUGGAAGUCGAUGUUAUAAGUCUAACCUAACCCUCUUUGGUUGAAAAAGCAUGCCCUCAGCGCCUCAGAUUGAACCAUAUUGUGACUGUUUGUUUGAGAAAUGCCACUAUAAAUUGCAUUAACCUAAUGAACUCUGUUAUCUGAACUUGUUCUGUUAGACAAGAUGCCAUUUUGUGUUCUCUAUGGACCUUUUUAUAUUUACGUUUCCUCGAUAAACUCUUGUCUAGCAAAGAGGGCCAAACAUUUAUGUUCCUUAUGUACUGUUUCAGUUCUUACUUUCGACUCUCUUUUCUUGAAACUGAAAGUUGAGAUUAUCUACCUUAUAAUGUCCAACUCCAUUGAAGAGGAUCAGCCAAGUCAGCUUGCCUGUCUCUGAUUUUCCUGCAAUGUCACUGCUUAUGCAACACAUACAGGAUUUCUUAUCUACAUCUUCAGUGCAUAUCUUAUACUAUCCGUUGAUCUAUUUAUUUAUUUUUUCAUAAAGUAGACGUUGCUCACUCAAGUAUUGUUGGCAGCCUGAAACUGUAAAUUUUCUGGAGAUACUUGUCCUUUAAAUUAUGCACAAGUUUUUCACUCGAGUAUUGUUGGCAGCCUGAAACUGCACCUCCAAUUUCUGAGCUAGGUUCAGAUGCUCUCAUUGAGCCGAUGUCUGUUGACAAUUUUCGUAUCACUGAGCAGGAAGAAGAUUGGAAUAAAAGCUCUUUUACUCGAUCAGAGUUCCAUAUCAGGCGUUGGUAAUUGGAUUGCAGAUGAGGUGCUUACCAGUUAUCCAUACAAAAAUUUGUGAGGCCUGCAUCAAAUGCAGCACUUGAACUUUGAUCUUGUUAUGGGCCUCGAAAUGUAUGGGUCCUGCGACGGAGGGUUGGACACCUGCCCUUGAUGCUAGAGGCUUGAUUGUACAAGAGGUGAAGGAACCACGAAUUUAUUAUGUUAUUCAUUACUUGCCUCCAACUAGUUAUUCAACAAAGUAUUAGUAGCAAUGCCAUGCACCUGAAUCGAUCUGAUCUUAUCCCGAACGACGAGGUUAUCACAACAUGGAGAUAAAGCUGCUCUGUUCCUUGGGAUAAAACUACUGCAGCUUCUGCAUUUGUUUUGCUGCACUGUUGCUUGGCUGUAACAGAGUUCAUGGUAUUCUUUGCACUCGAGAACCCAUCCAUUACUGAUUGCCUCAAGCUUAACAAGGGGCAGAGCUGAAGCACUGCACCAAAGCAUCCAGGAGGUUAUUCUAACUUGACAUUGUUUUGAGUAACUGUUGUAUGUAGCCUUGCAGAAUACCCAAGACACUAUUAGGUUGUGAAAUAUGCUGUCAAGUCGAUGCUGAUUGUGGCCCGCUUUCGUGUGGAAUGAUUGUUUCACCACCGAUGGGGCAGCAAGCCUGGUAAAGCUGAUGGUGAGUUCAUCUUCAAGUUCCAUUGUGGUUAUCGUAUUCCUGAACAAAUUGUCCCAAUCUUUGAGAAAAAUUGGUCACGGGAUAUGAUGAAGUGUAAUGGACCAUUUGGAAUGCCAGUUGUCAUGUUCUCUCUUGGAA